AUGACAGCCUAUUGUUUCUCUAAUGAGCCAAAUGCUGUUUUGAGCCCUGAUUUUUGUCGAAAGGAACAUGAUGACCUAGAUGCUUUCGUGGAGGUCAGCCUGCUUAAUAGCCAUAUUCCAUGGAUCAUGCGCUCAAUUUACUCCCUUCCGAUGGAUAGCACCGGCCAUGGCCAGUAUUUUGGAUCUUCGACAGGUAUCGAUUCUGAGGUCUACCUUAGCCGUAUGCUAACCAAAAUUCAGGAUAUAUCACGCCAGGUUGAAGCCAUUCGAAGUGGAGAAGACGAGUCACACAAAAAGUCUAAUCAUCGAACUAUUUUCCAUGAUCUGCUAAACAGCGGCCUACCACCAAAAGAGUUAGAGAAGGACCGUCUACGAGACGAGGCGCUCGGCACAGUGACAGCAGGGUCAGACACGACAGCAUACGUCCUACGAGGAGCAGCUUAUCACGUUUCCGCAAACCCGUCUGUGAACCAAAAACUAUACACAGAGUUGAAGAAGGCAAUCCCCGAUCCGUCUCAACAAAGUUUCCCAUCCCUUGCAGAGCUUGAAAAGCUUCCGUAUCUCUCUGCGGUGGUUCAAGAAAGCCUUCGACUUUGUAAUCCCAUUACACAUCGACUAUCGCGAGUGUUUCCAGAUAAGGCACUGAGAUAUCAGGAUUAUGUUAUCCCACCAGGAUGGACUGUUGGCAUGACCGCAAUGCUGAUUCAUGAAAACGAAAGCAUCUAUCCAGAGCCCUACGAGUUUCGACCGGAACGAUGGUUGAAUGAAGAUUUUGAAUCGCGACAGCUGGAGCGGUACUGCGUGCCUUUCAACAAGGGUGUAAGAGUUUGUUUGGGGCUGAAUCUGGCUCGAGCAGAGCUGUUUUUGAUCCUCGCAGUUCUCUUCCGACAGUUCAAAUUCGAUGUUUCGCAGGUGUCUCGGGCGCGCGAUAUUGAUCUGACCCGAGACUUUUUAAUUGGAGCCACAAUUGCAGAUUCCCCGGGGAUUCUGGUUGGGGUUGAAAGGGCAGACUGA